AUUCAGAGAAGAAACAGGGAUAAAGGGCCUACGUAAGAGGAAGCAAUGAAUCCUUGUUGAAGCAUCAGACAGCAGGAGCUGUUGGCCAGAUGCUGCUGGAAGCUGACAAGGAAAAGCUGAUUUGGAGACAAGCGGCCAGAAAUGUUUGGACACGUCGUCACUUUGGAUCUGGCGUCUGAGUGAGUGUUCCUGCUUCAUGAGGCUUCAGAUUUGAGCCCAGCCUGGUAACCUGCUUUCGGAGCCACACAGGUGGGAGGAUGUCAAGCACAGCUCCAGCAAAGAAGCCUUACCGCAAGGCGCCCCCGCAACAUCGCGAGAUCCGCCAUGAGGUACCCAUCAUUCGUGACGACCAGGAUGGAGUGAUCUUGGCUGAGCAGAGUCAGGAACCCUUGACGGAUGCAGAAAGGAUGAAGCUACUGCAGCAUGAGAAUGAAGAGCUGCGCCGACGGCUGAUGUAUGUGACUAACAAAAUGGAGGCAAUGGAAAGGGAGCUGGAGUCAGGUCAGGACUACCUGGAGAUGGAGCUGGGCCAGAACCGUGAGGAGCUGGAGAAAUUCAAGGACAAGUUCCGUAGGUUGCAAAACAGCUACACCGCUUCCCAGAGAACCAACCAAGACCUGGAGGAGAAGCUGCAUGCCCUGAUUAAAAAGGCAGAGAUGGACCGCAAGACGCUGGACUGGGAGAUUGUAGAGCUCACUAAUAAAUUGCUUGAUGCCAAAACUACCAUCAAUAAGCUGGAGGAACUCAAUGAACGCUACCGACAGGACUGUAACUUGGCGGUACAGCUGCUCAAGUGCAACAAGUCCCACUUCAGGAACCACAAGUUUGCUGAUCUUCCCUAUGAGCUGCAGGACAUGGUCAAUAAGCAUUUGCACAGCACUCAGGAGUCCUCAGGCCCUGGUCAAGAGACAACCCACACCUUGGCUCCAUCUGAUGUUGUGCCCACCUCAGUCAUUGCCAGAGUCUUGGAGAAACCAGAAUCUCUGGUUCUGAAUUCAGCCAAGUCUAGCAGUGGCAGCUGUCCCAUGGCUGAGGAUGUCUUUGUGCAUGUGGACAUGAGUGGAGCCCCUCCUGAUGCCUGCAACAGCACAGGACAGAUGGGGAAGGAGGGAGGAGAUGCAGGGAAACAGCAGAAUGGUGGCUGCAAGCCACAGAGCAGUGUGGAGAGCCUGCCAGACGAGGUGCCUGCCUUUGAGAAGCUAAGCCCAUACCCUACACCCUCACCUCCCCAUCCUAUGUACCCUGGGCGCAAAGUGAUUGAGUUCUCUGAGGACAAGGUAAGGAUCCCAAAGAACAGCCCCCUGCCCAACUGUACCUACGCUACACGCCAGGCCAUCUCCCUUAGCCUGGUACAGAGUGAAGAUGAGAGCUGCGACAGGCAUCGGACACUUCCCAACAGCCCUGCUUCAGAGGGGCGCCGUUCGGCCUCCAGCUGUUCCUGUCAGCAGUCCCCCAAAGCAGCCAGGGCUCAUGGCUCUUCCCAAAGCAGCCCAUUCAGCAGCCCUCCCCAGAUCCCGAGCGCCUUUGCCAGCUCUGCCAGCUCCGAGGAGGACCUGCUGGCCAACUGGCAGCGUAUGUUUGUGGACAAGGCACCCCCCACCUCAGAGCGGGUACUGAUGAACCGCACGGCCUUCAGCCGUGACACGGCCCCUGAACUCCAGAAGAGGUUCAGCCGCUCCAUGCAGGAGCUGGGCAGGGCAGCCUCGGCUUACUCAGAUGGUGAGGAGUCUGCACAGAGCUGCAGCUGGACAGUGAGCCGGGACUCGAGCGUGGACACUGACAGCACCGAGUCCAGAGCUCGCAGGAGCCAUUUCUCCUCAGACUAUGGAACAGAUUUCUCCCAGGAUGAAACCCAGAAGCUGUUGCAGGGAAGUGGUGGAGGCACUGCUGAGCCUGGAUGUCCCUCACCAGAGAAGCACAAGGACUAUGUGGACCUUGGCUUGCCUGAGAGCCCAGCUGAGGAGAGAGAAAUGUUGCUCCAGGGAAGCAAAGAGAGCAACCAAGGAGGUGCCCAAGAGGAAAGUGGAGAAGGCAGAGUUAAGCUUCCCUUCAGUCGGCCACACCGCAGCCCCAAGAGAAUGGGGGUCCACCACUUACAUCGCAAGGACAGUCUGACGCAAGCCCAGGAGCAGGGAAACCUGCUCAGCUGA